ACUCACAUAACACCAUACAUAUACUGUACAUAUACAUACAUUUACAGCUGAAUUUUUGUCAUAUACAUAUACAGAAAUCAAAUGUAUGGUGGAAGGAAUAAAACAUACAAAAAUGUAACUUUAUUUAUUAAAUUUUUAUGGAAAAACAAUAACGUGUAUAUCAUUUACUGCUAAUUAAAACAGUAUCGUAGUAAAAUACCAGAUUUCAUUUAAUCUUUUUGUCAUUGAUUUUCCGGAAAGACACGAAACAAACCGAAUAUAAACGAUGAUUAUACUCCCUGCGCUAACCUGUCAGUUUGCUUUGCGCGAAGUUGAUAGUUGUCCGUCACGUCCGUUCCAUUCAAUAAAAUACUUAAACAUGUAAAUAUGCAACUGAAUCAAAAAAAUCAGUGGUCACAGUGCAACUUUUUAUUUUAAAUUCUUAUACAUAUACGAGUAUUAUACAUCAGUAACUAAUACAAAAUGUCAGAGAUUCGUAAAAGAACAGUUGGAGAUGCAUCAGCAGAAACGCGGGAUGUCAGUGAUAAUCAGAAAGAAGACGUGGAAUCUGAAGAUGAUGCAAAAUUGGAAGUUGAGGAAUUGGCUAAGACUUUACCACAAGGAACUGAUCAUACUCCACACAUUUUGGAUUCAGUCCUCUCUGGCUUAUCUGAUAGAAUUUCUUGUAGAUGGAAAAAUUGGGUGAUCAGAACUAUUUUUACCUUGUUUAUGAUUACUGGAUUUUGUGGUAUCAUUUAUGCUGGACCAUUAGCAUUGAUGGCUACGACAUUAAUUGUACAAGUGAAAUGUUUCCAAGAAAUUAUUAACAUUGGAUAUGCAGUUUAUAGAAUUCAUGGUUUACCAUGGUUUAGAUCUCUAUCAUGGUAUUUUUUAAUUACUUCCAACUAUUUCUUUUAUGGAGAGAAUUUAAUGGACUAUUUUGCUGUAGUAAUUAAUAGAACAGAAUAUUUACGUUUACUUGUUACAUACCAUCGUUUUAUUUCAUUUUGUUUGUAUAUUGUUGGUUUCGUAUGGUUUGUACUUUCACUUGUGAAAAAAUAUUAUAUGAAGCAAUUCUCUCUGUUUGCUUGGACACAUGUUGCUUUACUUAUUGUUGUGACACAGAGUUAUCUUAUAAUUACAAAUAUUUUUCAAGGCUUGAUAUGGUUUAUUGUUCCAGUUAGUAUGAUAGUGAUAAAUGAUAUAAUGGCAUAUAUGUUUGGCUUUUUCUUUGGUAAAACGCCUUUAAUUAAACUAUCUCCUAAAAAGACUUGGGAAGGUUUUAUAGGAGGUGGAAUCUCAACAGUAAUACUUGGUUUAGUGAUUUCAUACAUCAUGUGUCAAUACCGCUAUUUUGUUUGUCCUAUUGAAUAUAGUGAAGCUUUAGGACAAAUGACAAUGGAUUGUGAACCAUCUGCUUUAUUUCAACCUCAGGAAUACAGUUUACCUGGUAGUUUACAAGUUGUGUGGAAAAUGAUUAGUGGAAAGUCUACCAUGUCUUUAUAUCCAUUUUUACUCCAUUCAUUAUCAAUGUCAGUAUUUAGUUCUGUAAUUGGACCGUUUGGGGGCUUCUUUGCCAGUGGAUUUAAGAGAGCAUUUAAAAUUAAAGAUUUUGGAGAUAUUAUUCCUGGUCAUGGUGGAAUAAUGGAUAGAUUUGAUUGUCAGUAUUUGAUGGCAACAUUUGUAAAUGUUUAUAUAUCUUCAUUUAUUCAAACUGCGUCGCCCCAAAAACUGUUACAACAGGUGUACAGUUUAAAACCAGAACAACAAUUACAAUUAUUUCAAACAUUAAAGGAUUCACUAGAAAACAGGGGUUUGUUGAAUAUUUAUUGAUGUUCUAAUGUUGGUGAUAAUUAUUAAUGAAUUGUAUCACCUUUAAACAGCAGAAAAAAAUGUUAGAAAAAUUAUUUCUAAUAUCUGUCUGAAUAUUGUAUGUAAUGUUUGUGGAAACAGCAUUAACAAUACUAAUCAUAGUAAUAUAUUAAUACUCAACUGGUCGCAUGUUUUACUGAAAACUUGCAAGAUUCAAAAAUAUUUAUAUAACUGUCGCAAAACAUUGUACUAUGUUUUUUUAAUGGUUUUGUAAGAGUAUCACUUUGUUUGAUUGAAAUAAUUGAAAUAAUUCAUAUGAAAUUACACGCCUAAUUAAUUAUCGUUGAUUGGAUUUCUAAAAAUUAAUAUAAAAUUCAUCAUAUUAUUUAACAAUUAUAAACUAUUUAUUUACAUAAAAGAAGCGGCCAGUUAAACAUUAAAUGAAAUGAUAAUGAUAAAAUUUAUUUUAUAAUUAGACAAUUAAGAAGCAUGUAAUGCAAUAUUUGCAGUUCUUUUGCAUUCCGCAACAAACAGUCCAUUUUUCUAUCGAGAAAAAAUUUAUAUUAAACUGUGAUGAUGAUAGAAAUUUGACUACAUGUUUCUUUUAUAACGAUUAAACCAAAGAAUGUCAGACAUACUGUUAUAUAAAAGAACUUCUAUGAAUUAUAAAUAUUUGUUAAAU